GUCAUUCACUUGUCGCGGAGGUGAUCGUUCGUCUGAAAAGUUCCAGUCGCUGUGUGUCAUCAUGGGUCAAAAACGGCAGCGCGAUGCCAAGGGCGCAGAUGUCCAGACGAAGAAGCAGAAGAAGAGCGCCAAUGCGGACGUUGUUACUGUGAACGAUCUCAACUGGAAGGAAGUUGCGCUGCCCGAUCGUAUGGAGGAUGCAGGAGGCUUCUUCGGACUAGAGGAGAUUGACGGCGUGGACGUUAUCAAGGCAAGCGGUGAAAUUAGGUUCAAGGCCGCCGCUGGCAAACCGCCAAAGUCGAUUCUGAAAAAGAAGACCGCGGAAGAGCAAGAGGAAGAAGCAAAAUUCGACGACGAAUGGGCUGGAAUCAGCGACAACGAGACCUCGGAGAAGGAGAAGACGGAAGCACCAACCACGGAAGAACAAAAUGAAGAGCAGGAUGAGGCUAUCAAGUCCCCUGUGACGGACAAGCAGCAAGAAGCCAAAGAUAAAAGGAAAGAGAAGAGGGAUAAGAAGCGGCAGGAAGCCAAGGAAGCAAGGAAACAGAAAGCCGAUCAGAGCAAGAAGGGAACCCCGAAUCAGGAGGACAAGAGCAUCAAGUCUGGUCUUUCUUUCGCCGCUCUCGAGGACGAGGAAGAGGAUAACGGCGUGGAUAUUUCCGAGUGGGAGUCACUGGGACUCUCUCCGGAAGUGCUCACCGGUCUUUCGAAACUGAAGUUCUCUACGCCCACUCUGGUCCAGAAGUCUUGUAUUCCUCCCAUCCUCGACGGCCAUGACGUGGUAGGAAAGGCAUCAACAGGUUCCGGAAAGACCCUGGCCUUCGGUAUCCCGAUCCUGGAACACUAUUUGGAGAUCAAGCGCACGCAACUGCGCAAUGUUACCCAGAAGAAGAAGGAAGACACGGAACCCAUCGCCCUGAUUCUCUCGCCCACUCGCGAACUCGCACAUCAGUUGGCCAAGCAUAUUGGUGACUUGAUCCAGCAGUCGCCAGGCGCCAAUGCACGCAUCGCCCUUCUCACGGGAGGUUUGUCCUUACAGAAACAGCAGCGCUUGUUGGCUAGUGCGGAUAUUGUGGUCGGAACGCCGGGUCGAGUUUGGGAGGUUAUGAGCACGGGCCAGGGUGUGAUCCGCAAGAUGCAGGGUAUCAAAUUCCUUGUCAUCGAUGAGGCUGAUAGAUUGCUCAGCGAAGGCCACUUCAAGGAAGCAAACGAGAUCAUUACUACCCUUGAUCGCAUAGUGGAUGGAGACUUCCAGUACGAAGAGAAGGAAGCGACCGAGGAGGAGGAGAAGAAGAACGAGAGGCAGACCCUGGUCUUCUCUGCUACUUUCCAUCGGGACUUGCAGCAGAAGCUUGCCGGCAAGGGACGCUGGACGAGCGGUGAUAUCAUGGACAAGAAGGAGUCGAUGGAGUAUCUUUUGCAGAAGCUGAACUUCCGAGAAGAGAAGCCCAAGUUUAUUGAUGUCAACCCUGUCUCGCAGAUGGCCGAGGGACUGAAGGAAGGCAUUGUCGAAUGUGCAGCGAUGGAAAAGGACCUCUUCCUUUACACGCUACUUCUCUACCAUCCCAAGCACCGCACCCUUGUCUUCACUAACUCCAUCUCGGCCGUUCGUCGUCUCACACAGUUCCUCCAAAACCUCCAACUCCCCGCGCUGGCCCUCCACUCCUCGAUGGCGCAGAAGGCCCGUCUGCGCUCCGUGGAACGCUUUUCAUCCCCCACCUCCGACCCCGGUUCGAUCCUCGUUGCCACCGACGUGGCGGCGCGUGGUCUCGACAUCAAGGGCAUCGACUUCGUCAUCCACUAUCAUGCGCCCCGUACCGCCGACACCUACGUGCACCGAUCCGGUCGUACGGCCCGUGCCGGUGCCUCGGGCAAGAGCGUGCUCAUCUGCUCCCCCGAGGAAAUGCAGGGCGUCAUCCGCCUGGCGGCCAAGGUUCACGCCAACAUGGCCAACGCCAAGAAGGUGCCCCUUGAGUCUCUCGAGCUGGACCGCCGGGUCGUGGGGCGCGUCAAGCCCCGCGUCAAGCUGGCGGCGAAGAUCGCGGAUUCAUCCAUCGCCAAGGAGAAGAUCUCCGCGGAGGACAACUGGCUCCGCAACGCGGCAGAAGACCUGGGCGUUGAUUACGACAGUGAAGAGUUCGACGAGUCGGCGGGUCGCGGUCGCGGUCGCGGUCGGGGCCGUCAGGAACGGCAACGCAAGGCCGGAGAGACCAGCAAGGCCGAGAUGGCCAGCAUGAGGGCGGAGUUGAAACAGCUGCUGUCGCAGCGGGUGAACGUGGGUGUGAGUGAGCGGUAUCUCACCUCGGGACGGGUGGACAUCGAGGCGCUGCUGCGUGGCGAGGGCAACAGUUCGUUCUUGGGGCAGGUGGAUGCGUUGGAGUUCUAAUCAAGGGGCCGAUGAAGAGGAGAGCAGCUCUACCUGAUGCAUGUAUAUACCU